AUGACUAGUCAAAAGAAAGUUUUGUAUUUGUUCGAUGUUGACGGAACGUUGACAAAACCGCGCCAAAAAAUUACAGAAGAAUUCAGGAGGUUCAUUCUUGACGAGGUAAAAUCAAAAGUGGAUGUAGGAUUGGUCAGUGGUUCAGAUUAUAUGAAGAUUUCCGAACAAAUGGGCGGAGAGGACGUCGUGUCCAAUUUCAACUACGUAUUCAGUGAAAAUGGACUGGUGCAUCAUAAGAACGGAAAAAAAUUAAGUUCAGAGAGCAUAGUUAACCAUUUGGGUGAACAAAAACUGCAAGAGGUAAUAAACUUCGCCAUGGGUUACAUGUCCAACAUCAAAUUACCAGUCAAGAGAGGUAAUUUCAUUGAAUUCCGAUCAAGUAUGCUUAAUAUUUGCCCUGUUGGAAGAUCAUGUAAUCAAAUAGAGCGAGAUCAGUUUUCUGAGUAUGAUUCAAAACACAAAGUUAGGCACCAAUUUGUUGAAGCACUUCAAAGCAAGUUCAAAGACUCGGGUUUAAAGUUUGCUCUAGGAGGUCAAAUCAGUAUUGAUGUGUUCCCAAUUGGAUGGGACAAGACAUACUGCUUAAAUCACAUAGCUAGUGAGAAUUUUGCUGAAAUUCACUUCUUUGGAGACAAAACAGACCCUGGUGGGAAUGAUCAUGAAAUUUACAAUGACUCUAGGACUGUGGGACACAGAGUCUCAUCUCCAAGUGACACUGAAAUGCAAGUAAAAAAAUGUCUUAAUGUGGAAUAGUGUUAUUUUAUAUACAAAUAUAAUAUUAUUUUAAA